AUGGAGAUUGAAAUGCUGGAUGAACCACUGGAGCAAGAACCAGUGGUGGAACCACUGGAACAAGAAACUGUGAUGCAACCCCCAACUGCACCACCACCCAAUUCAAAUCCACCAUCGCCAGAACGUCCUCCUGUAGCGGCUACCCAAACAAUUAGGACAAGCGCUGUAAGUAUUCCGAAUAACGGUCAUCUCCAACAGCAACAGCAACAGCAACAGCAACAGCAACAGCAACAACAACAAAUACAAAACCGACACUUACUGAUUGCGCCAGCCCCGCCAACGAUCGGCCAAUUUCAAAUGCAGCAGAUGCAGAUGCAAUAUUUGGCCAUGGCCAUGCUGCCAGCUUUUCCCGCUGCGUAUCGUCCACCAGCAAGAGGUUGUUGUCCACGAUACUGUCAAUGGUUGACCCACAGAGUUGGGAGGCCGCCGCAUGAUCAGUGGUGCCGCUAUCGUUACCAUGGUUACGCAAUGUAG